CCGCGCCUGCGCAGUGCAGCGCUUCCUCUUGGGGUCCGAUCUACUUUGCGGCAAAAUGGCUAAACGCACCAAGAAAGUCGGAAUCGUCGGUAAAUACGGCACCCGUUAUGGCGCCUCCCUCAGGAAAAUGGUGAAGAAAAUUGAGAUCAGCCAGCACGCCAAGUACACUUGCUCCUUCUGUGGCAAAACCAAGAUGAAGAGACGAGCAGUGGGCAUCUGGCACUGUGGCUCCUGCAUGAAAACGGUCGCUGGUGGUGCCUGGACCUACAACACCACUUCUGCUGUCACAGUAAAGUCUGCCAUCAGAAGAUUGAAGGAAUUGAAAGACCAGUAGAAGAUCCACAAUUUGAAGCAUUGCUAGCCGAUAAUAAAUGGGUUAAUUUAU